AUGGUGUAUCGACAAGGUCUCUACGUCUUGGCCGCUUGGGCCUCGCUGGGCAGCGUCGCCCUGGCCAUAACCCCCCACUGCAGCAAGAUCACGCAGCUGGAAUUCAGCAUCCAGUUCGCCAACAACUGGUUCGCCGGAACAUGGGAUCGCGUCGGCGUCAGUAUAGGACGUCCAGAUAGUCUUCGUUGGGUUCCCAUCUCGGAUGGCGCUUCGGCCGGCGACAGGAAAUCCGUCAGCAUUGACAUGAACCACGUCUUUGGAGCACCCCAGUUUGACCUUAAAGACCACUUAUCUUUUGGCCUUGGAGUCCAGGCAACGUACGGCGUUCACGCCACCAAUGAUGCCUUUGAAAUCAAAGACAUUACUCUUCGCGGAACGUGCGUCGAACCCGGCCUCACCGUUGAGCGAACCGUCAUCGUCAACCAAGUCUAUCGGCAUCCCGCUCAGGGGAGUGGAUUCCUCGCGCCCUACGAGGUAAAGCAGGUAGGCCAGAUCGUCUCUCUCAACCCCGAGGCCUGGUUCAUCUCCGGCACCACCAUCCUCAACGCCAAGGGCCCCGUCUACAUCAACAUCGGCAUGUCCGAGGCUCUUGCAAACGCCGUGCACAAGCAGUACCCCACCGACACCUGGCACAGCUUGGGCUUGACCAAGAGAGGCGACAGCUACGUCUUCACCUGCGGCGCCAAAGACCCCGACGAGAAGCGGGUAAAGGAAGCGUGCUGGAUGUCGCCCUUCAACCACGAGGAUCACGACAUACUGAUCCACCAGACCGAGGUGCUGCCUUCGCAAGCCGCAAACUUCUGCAAGCCCAAUCCCGACAUGCUGGUCCCCACGGACGCCGUCUGCGCCGAUGCCAAGUACGCCCAGGUGCUCGGCAAGAUCAUGCAGACGGCCGGCUUGAACUGCCCCGGCCCGGGGACGUCCUCGUGCAAGACCACGUACGUGGUGAAUGCGUAUUUCACCUGGCACAAUGACAUGUACGGGUCGACCAUUUUCAGCCCCUCUGGAACCAUUGCUUGGGCCUAUUGGGCGGAUGGAGCCACCAACACCUGUUCGCUUUGCUGA